AGAUGGCUGAGCAGAGGAAAAGUUCUCAGGAGAUUUUUUGAUCUGCGUGAUGAGAUCGGAGCUUUUCAGGAAAGCAAGAUUGGUAGUAUUCAAGAGCCCAUGGAUAAGAAAUGGCUUUCUGACCUGGCUUUCCUGGUGGACGUCACAGAGCUGCUCAAUGUUUUAAAUGUUCAGCUCCAGGGAAAAGACCAGAUUAUCACCCAGCUUUUUUAUCACGUCAGAGCCUACGAACAAAAAGUACUGCUGCUCAGAAGACAUCUCUCAGCAGGAAAUUUAGCCAAUUUUCCCUGUUUUAGAGAGGCAGGCAUGAUGAAAGAGAAGGUACCUGAGUAUGAUGCUGUUCUCAGCAACCUUAUCCAGGAGUUUGACAGUCGCUUUGAGGACUUCAGACACACUGCAUCUGACUUUGAGUGGUUUGUUCAACCUUUCACCAUCAGUGUGGACACAGUCAGUGAUGAUCUACAGAUGGAACCAAUUGAGCUUCAGUGUGAUUCAGAACUCAAACACAAGUUCAGGUCCCUUCCCUUGACACACUUCUACAAAUGUGUCCCAGCAAACAGGUUCCCAAAGAUGUGCAAACAGGCACAAGUGAUGCUGUCUCUGUUUGGCAGUACCUACCACUGUGAACAGACUUUCAGUCUGAUGAACUUAAACAAGUGUAAACUGAGAUGUAAAGUAACUGACUCUCACCUCCAUAAUAUCUUGACUUUGACAGUAAGUCCACUGCAUCCCAAUUUGGAAAAACUUUUGAAAAAUAAGGUCCAGCUUCAUGUGUCUCAUUAGAGGUCACUG